AUGCUUAAUAUUCAAUCAAUCUAUCCACUAAAGAAACGUUUGAAUCUUAAUGUAGUCACCUUGACAGAAAUUCUCGGUUCAAUCUAUCGAUCGAUUUAUUCAUUCCUUGAACGAAUACCUGAUUUUACUGCCAUGUCAGUUCACGAUCAAACAGCAUUAAUUGAACAUAAUGUUCACAAUGCUGGGAGUAUGAGUGGUCUAUUAAUUUUACGUGACGGUGAUCUCUAUGGUAAUUAUGCAUUUCGUCGUGCGAAUUUGGACACAUACGGAUCUACUAGUGUCGACGGUGUAACUAAACUUAUCAAUCGUUUAGAUAUUAAUGGAACAUUAGUGAAGUUGAUUCUGAUCGUUUUGACUUUUUCAACAUGUUUAGAUGUUGUUCGUCCACAGAUCAUGAACAAUAAUAGUUCACUUUCUGAAACAACAGAGCGUCAUCACUUAAGUUCAAUGCAUUUAUUCAGUAUUCAAAACAAAUAUACUGAUAUGAUGUUCAUAUAUAUGAUCUAUCGAUACGGCUACACAGAAGCAGCAAUGCGUUUUGCUGGUCUUGUUUACAAUGUUCUUCAGCUUUGCGUUCAUACGACAGAAGCAGCGACUGUUCAAGAACAUGAUGCAAUGUUGAAUAUGGUCAUUGAAGAUACGACACGCAAAUUAACCACGGAAGAUAAAGUGGUCAUUUAA